AUGAAUGUCGUGGUGAGACAAAUCAUUGCUACGGAGCAAGCGAACAGUUCUCCCAGAAAGGUUGUCCUGAUUGCAAGCAAAGAUUUUCAGCACGGUGAAGAAAUCUACAAGGAACACCCAGUAAUUGCACAGCUGGAUAUCGACCUUGAAGGCACGGCACAAUACUGUUCACACUGCUUCAGAGCUCUUCAAUCAGGUAAAUCCAUCACUCCACCUGAGGACCUGCUUGGCUCGGCGUAUUGCUCGACAGAAUGUCAAAUGAUUUCCGACACACAAUCUCAAAACUUAUUAUUCGGUCGAGGUCCGCUUGUGCCGAACGAAGCUGUUACGGGCCAGCUUGAACGAACUGAAGCGGCAGAAGCGGAGCGGCGCGCAUACCAGCAGGCGUUUGUUGAUUUUUUGAAAGCUUGCGGGUGGACUCAGGUCCUGCUUGUCGGUCGGUUUUGUGCAAGGCAUGUUUCCGAGGAAGUGAAGAAGCUUGCCCCACUCCCGGCAUCCCUCGUUGAACGCUCAGCUCUCCCAGAACCAAUCACCCCCUCUCCUGAGUAUACGUUCUAUGACCACGUCGAAAGGCUGAAGUUCUUGGAAAUUCAACCCACUGAGAUGGUCAUGUUGGAGCACAAUCUUCUUCAAGAUGUUUUGAAGAAAGCCGUUGCUGGGCUGGAAGAAGUUGUGGAGAUCAACAAAUAUCUCGCCAUGAAAGGAAGAAUCGCAUAUAAUUCCAUCGGCGUAGCCUUCGACGGUGGGAGAGAUGACAGAGCUGACCCGAAAGGGCGAGUUGAGACGUGGGAGUGGUCCCGCACACCCGUCGGUACCGAGAGACAGAUUGGCUCAGCUCUGUAUCGAGUUUCGUCAUACUUGACACACUCCUGUUCCCCUUCUGUUCGCCUCUGUUUCAAAGGGACGAACGAACUGCACCUCAUCGCGAACCGAGCUAUUUCGAAGGGUGAACAUCUCACCAUGUCAUACACGAGCAUAGAGGCCAAAAAUGGUGAGGCACCCGAAGUAGCGAGAAGACAGAGACGCAUCAGGCUGGCUAGAGGAUGGAGAUUUGCCUGCGAGUGCGAGGCUUGCACGGGCAAGAAAUCAGAAGUUGUCGGGACGAUGACAGCCCCGGAUGUCAUCUUAGAGAAAGGGGUCUGA